AUGUUGCUCUUCGCACUCUUCCAGAUGUACGACAUUCCAUGUCAAGCCUCGUGCUACGCCACGGUAGCUAUCUGUGGUCGAAAGGCCUCUUCUCUCGGAUACGGCAGAGGCCCCAGGGAAGGCACGUUACCCUCUGGUGACUACGGCCUCUGGAACAAUCCUCCUAGUGGCAGUAGUCAAAGUGUCUGGCCUUGGCGACCUCUACCUUCGGCCAGC